AUGAUUUUGAUGGAGAGUGGACAUUUUUUGCUACAAGUCAUGAUACUAUUAGCUUUAAACGAACAAGAUGUUCAUAUAAAAGGCAUUUUUUCUUUUUCUGGUAUUCAAAGUUCUCAAAAUGCUCAGCAAAUUAACAUUGAUGCUUUGAAAUUUGAUGAAUUCAUUAUGUGUAAAUAUGAUGCGUUUGAUUGGAUUGGCAUGAUCAAUGAAAUUGAUAAUAUAGAGCAAGAUGUUAUGACUUUGCCUUUUCGAGGCCACAGGGAAGACUUUGCUUCUGAAAACCGUGGUAAUUUCUUGGAACUUGUCAGCCUCCUUUCAAACUCUGACCCUGUUUUAAAGGAGCACAGCAUACGACUUCAGCAAUCAUUGGAAUCAGGAUUGAUUACAGUUUCUUAUUUAUCGCCUGCAGUGCAAAAUGAGUUUAUAUCUCUUUUAGGCGAUGCUGUAAAACAAGAAUCAAUCUGUGAAAUCAAGAAAGCUAAAUUCUAUGGAAUAUUGUUUGACAGCACGCCAGAUAAAUCCCACACUGAACAAAUGAGUCAGGUCAUAAGAUAUGUGAAAAUUGACAACAGGAACGUGGAAGUGAAAGAAUCAUUUCUAGGUUUUAUUCCUCUAAGUGGGAAAAAGACAGACUCCAUAACACAGGAAAUUGUUCAGUCUCUUGAAAAGGACGGCUUGGAUUUAAAGCUUUGUCAAAGCCAAGGAUACGAUAAUGCCACGACAAUGUCUGGCAUUCAUACAGGAGUUCAAACCAGAAUUAAAGAAUUUAAUCCAAAAGCAAUAUUUGUGCCUUGUGCUAACCAUUCGCUCAAUUUAUGUGGCGCACAUGCUUUUGGUAGUGUUUCUGUAAAUCAUGCCCAAAAAUAUCUUCAAAUCGAAGGUAUUAGCUUAGAAAAGUGUGUUGUAAAGCUGAAAAGCUUGAAGACCUUUUUAGUAGAGAGUCGAGAAGUUUUAGCCCAUAAUGCUGUAGAAUAUGCGACCCAGACUUGUGCUGAAAUGAGCAUUGAUAUUGAAAGCAGAAAACGCAAGCGAGUGAAAAAGAUGAUGCGAGGAGAAAUUGCUAAAGAUGCAGGUUUAACUCUACUGGAAGAAUUGAAGCGUGCUAUGUUUGAGUGCAUUGACCACUUUCAUGUAGAAUUAGAAAAAUGUUUGACCUCGAUGAACACUGUGUAUGAAAAGUUUGCUGUUGUACACACAGGUAAUCUUUUGAAGGCAACUGAUGAAGAAAUUGUAACCUAUGCCCAUCAGUUUUCAGAAACUUUCAAUGAUGUAGAGGAGGAAGAAAUACUACCUGAAGUAAAGAGGCUGAGAAGGCAUCUGAAGGCUUCUGUCAUCAAAUUAGACAUUGCAGCUGCAUGGACAUCCUUAAAAAUGGCUCAGUUUAUCAUCGAAAUGGACUUUCGUGAAUCGUUGCCAAACGUGACUGAAGCUCUUAAACUGUUUCUAACUAUAUGUGUGUCCGUGGCUUCUUGUGAGAAGAGUUUUUCAAAAUUGAAAUUAAUUAAAAAUCUCCGCUCUGCAAUGAGCCAGUCUCGUUUGACGAGCUUGGCCAUAAUAUCAGUAGAAAACGAAAUUGCAAAACAUGUGAAUUUUGAUGAGUUAAUCAAACAAUUUGCAGAAGUCAAGGCUCGCAAGAAAGCAUUCUAA